AUGCCCAUGGCCACGUCCUGGAAUAAUGGUGGUAGCAAGCUUGCCCAGCACUCGCUGCAGCUGCACACCCUUCUCAGUGCUUCAGAAACGAUCCUCACCAUUGUCCUGAAGGAGGCCUGGGUACAACGCCUGACCAAAUGCCUCAUGUUACCCCCUGGAAAACUUCCGUCCUUCUGUCCCCACGAAGGCGGAGGGGAGUGUGAGAGCAUUGGGCAGCCUGCCCUCUUGGCAGCGCAGGUCAUCCAGGACAUUCGCCACCUGGGGGCUUCCCUGGGGCAUUUCCAGGUCUGUGGGGCCCUCAACGUCACCGUGUCCCCAGGGCCUGUGGUGGACUACCUGGAGGGGGACAAUGCCACUCUGUACUGCCACGUGUCCCAGAAGCGGCGGAGAGACAGCCUGCUGGCGGUGCGCUGGCUCUUUGCCCUGCCUGGCUCCCAGGAAACCUUGAUGAUUAAGAUGACCAAGCUCAGGGUGGUACAGUACUACGGUAACUACAGCCGCAGCGCCAGCCGGCGGAGGCUGCAGCUCCACGAGGAGCAGCGCGGGACGCUGUACAGGCUGUCCGUGUCAGCCCUCCGGCCCACUGAUCAGGGCCGCUACAUCUGCAAAGUCCAGGAAAUCAGCAGGCACAGGAAUAAAUGGACGGCAUGGUCCAAUGGCUCCUCAGCUACGGAAAUGAGAGUGAUUUCCCUCAAAGCUUCUGAAGAUUCACCCUUCGAGAAAAAGAAAGGGACCUGGGCAUUUUUUGAAGAUCUCUAUGUGUACGCCGUCCUCGUGUGCUGUGUCGGGAUCCUCAGCGUCCUCCUGUUCACUCUGGUUAUCAUCUGGCAGUCAGUGUUCACCAAGAGGAAGUCCCGAGUGAGACAUUAUUUGGUGAAAUGCCCACAGAACAGCUCCGGGGAGACUGUCACCAGUGUGACCAGCUUGGCCCCACUGCAGCCCAAAAAGGGCAAGAGACGGAAGGAGAAGGCUGAUGUUCCUCCUGCAGUCCCGGCGAAAGCUCCAAUAGUCACCACCUUCCAUAAACCAAAGCUGCUGAAACCCCAGAGGAAAGUGAUGCUGCCAAAGAUUACUGAGGAAAGCUUGACUUACGCGGAGCUGGAGCUAAUUAAACCCCACCAGACAGCCCAAGGUGUUCCCACCAGCACGGUCUAUGCCCAGAUCCUCUUUCAGGAGAACAAGUUGUAA